CCAAAUCUGGGCACUUAGAAGAAAUAUAUGUUUUUAUUUUAAUUAUUUUUUGUGGGUUAUUUUUAAUUUUAUGGUAAUCGAAAAGUGACAAGUGAGGAGCCAAGAAGAGAAUGCGGGUUGUAAAUUGCUCCAUUUCGUGGUCGUUUCGGUCAGCCGUCACUGCCGCUCUCCCCUCUUUCCCUUCUUCUAGAUUCCCUCCGCUCCUCCCUUUCUCACUCCCUUCUUCCAACCCUCCGUCCACUGUCCUCUGCCGUUCCACUUCUUCCGCUAGACGAGUGACCAGAAUGGCUCUGAAAAACGCUAAAGAGGAACAAGACCCGCGCUUGGAGAGAAUCUCCUCUGCAAUCCGAGUCAUCCCUGAUUUUCCCAAGCCAGGAAUUUUGUUUCAGGACAUAACCACGCUGCUUCUUGAUCCCAAGGCUUUCAAAGACACCAUCGAUCUUUUUGUUGAGAGGUACAGAGAUCAGAAUAUCAAUGUUGUCGCAGGUGUUGAAGCAAGAGGUUUUAUAUUUGGUCCACCCAUUGCAUUAGCUAUUGGAGCCAAAUUUGUCCCCAUGAGGAAACCCAAUAAAUUGCCAGGGGAGGUUAUAUCAGAAGAGUAUUCUUUGGAGUAUGGAAAAGACAAAAUGGAGAUGCAUGUAGGGGCUGUACAACCUGGAGAACGGGCCUUAGUCAUAGAUGAUCUUAUUGCCACUGGGGGAACGUUAGAUGCUGCAAUUAAGCUACUAGAACGUGUUGGGGUUCAUAUUGUGGAGUGUGCUUGUCUGAUUGAAUUACCAGAGCUGAAGGUGGAAUUUUAGGAUCUCAAGCGACAUUAGCAAAACUAAAAAAUGACGGUAAAGUUGAAUUGUAUCUUUGAAAAUUGUGGGAGCCAUUAAUCUAAAAAAUUAUUGUGUAGGCAACUAGUGCAAAGUAAAUUGUGCACUGAACCAAUGGAGAAUGAUGUGAUUUGACAUUUUCAGAUUUAAGUACUAGGUAAUAGGACCUGUCAAACUAAUUGGAUUUACUAGGUUCAAUGUGAUAAUGUUUUUUUUUUAAUAUAAAAUAAAAAUAAAUCUAAAAUAUUUGUCAUAUUAUUUUUAUUCUACAUAUAAACUUAUUGUUAAUAAUAAAUAUUGAUAAAUGUUAUUGAAAUUUUUAAGUGUGAUAACAUGACGUAUUUUAUUUUUUAUAUGUAUUUAAAUGCAACUUAAUUAUAAAUUCAUGUUUUAUUUUAGUUUUUAACAUUAUAGAAUUAUGAUAUUACAUUUUUUUAAUUUUUAUUUUUAUAUUAUUUAAUUAUUAUAAUGAUUUAUUAAUACUAGUUCGACCAUGAUGAACAAUGGAGCCUUGAACUGGUCCCUAGACUUAUUCAGUUACUGGUUUUAAAAAUAUAGGUAUUUAUACAAAUGAGUCAUGAACAAAGAAAAUUCUUAAUCCUAACUGAUCCUAGAAUCUGGGAUCAAAUAAUUUGUCUCAUUUGCAAUAAUUAGGAAAGCUAAUAAGAAAAAUAGAAUCUGAUGAUGGUCAAUACUCUCCUUUCUUAACAUUUGGGUUUAACUCUUACUAAAUUCUACAAAAUUUGUUUAUAAAGGGAGAAUUACCUUUCAUCUAUAGAUUUUGAUUUGGUUAUAUCACUAACUGAUGCAAGACUAAAUCACUACACUUAAGAUUGCAAGGCGACCCCAACGUGACCGCAACUUGGGCAGGCUAGUGGUGACUGCAAAAUGACUUUCUAACACAAUCCUUUAUACCUAGGACAUCCAACAUACAAGAUGGUAAAUACAUGUGAUCCAACAUUGGGUAUAGGAUAGUAUCUGAUUCUGUCUUACGAUUGAGUUUAAGUCUAACUCAACUAUACAAUUGUCUUUUAAAGUGAGGACUGACUUGCACUUACAUAUAUUAACUUAACAAUAUUACUAGUUAAUGUGAGACUAAACCAACUCUUGAGAUUGCAAUUUUAAGCAACCUCCAAAGAAGUCACAGCUGGGGCGGGUUAGGAGUGUCUGUAAUUAAGGAGACUUCUCAGCAUACAUGUUAGCUGUGUCCAACUCGUUCAAUAUAGAAGCUUUUCUAGGGUUGUAAGAACUUCGCCAACAUGUCAAUAGGUUGUUCCAUAGAGCCCACAAAACUUGUAUAUGUUUAGACUUCUAUUAGUUGAUUGGUUAUACAACAAAGUGUCGUGGGAUAUAUCUUACAAAGCUUCAAGUUUUGAAGUAAAUGCUUUAACCAUAAGGGUUCACAGUCGCAUUAGCUAUUACCCAAUACUUGUACUUUAUCUUCUGGCUAAAGUCUACCUUUUACUUUUCCUCAAGUUAAAGUUUCCACCAACGAGAACAUAAUAGCCUAUUCUGGAUCUUCCCAAUAUUCAUUUGUAUACACAAUGAUGUUAGCAUUACUCUUGUCCGUAUCAACGAGCCCUUGGCCAGGCAAUCCUUUGAUGCACCCAAGGAUCUGAGCAACUACAUUCCAGUGUCUAUGACAUGGUGAAUUGAGAUAGUGACUGACAACAGUAAUAGGAAAGGAAACGUUUGUAGUCUUUGUUAGAUAAUUUAAUUUCACAACUAAUCUAUAUUUGCCUAGAUCAUUAUAGGAAUCUCCCUGACUUGGUAGAAACCUCACAUUUGGGUCCAUAGGAAUAUCAACAAGCUUACAAAUAAGAAUGCCCGUUUCUUCCAAAAUAUUGAUAGUAUGUUUCCAUCUUUGAUAUUUAGUUCCGAAGAAGUAUCACAAUCGACUAAGACAUCGUUUCAAAACCUUUGAAUUCUGAACUAAUGUUGCGUCAACUGCCUGAUGUUGUCUUGAUCAUUACUUGUCAACACAAUACUAUACACAAGUUAUCUUAUUAAAUUGUGAGCAUUUAAAGAACACAGAGUGAUCUAUGUUACCAAACGGUUGGAUAGCUACUAAAUUUACCAAACCAACCUCAAGGUGAUUAUUUUAAAUCAUAGUAACACUUCGGUAGCUUGCAAGCAAGAUCAGACUCCCUCUCCCUCUGAGCAACAAAAUUAGAUGGUUGUUCCAUGUAGAUUUCUUCCUCAAAAUUACAUGCAAGAUAUUUUUAAUAUCUAGCUAGUACUAGGUAUAUUGUCUCAUGUCAGCCAUAAACAAGAAUAAAAAUCAUCAAGGUAACAAGGGAGAAAUUAUCACCAUAAUCCAAAUCAUAAAUUUUAGUAUAUCAUUUUGCGACCAGAGCAACUAAGACGAUAAGAAAAUAUGAGUGAGGUUUACAAUUCUCUUAUAACCUUUUCUGCAAUAUCACAUAGAUAAAGUGGAAUACAACUCGCCUUAGAGCAACGUGAAGAACAAAGUAGAAAACAAAGCACACACGUUUCUUAAUAAUAGGUUGACUCAAGCUAAGUUGUGUCCUGUCUUUCAACAUGAAAGAUUUUCUUAACUAAAGUUGGUUACAACAAGUCUUCUCUAAGUCACUUUUUUAACUAUACAAUCGGUGGUCAUUUUA